AUGACCAACUGUUGCCCUCGUUGGUUUAUAGGGGUAGACCAAAGCGCCUGGACUUGGAGACCGAUGUCAAGACCAGUAUUUUUGACCGUUAUUAGUCGCUUUGAAGCAAUGUCGUGCAAGCGGGCGUAUCCGCGGGGGCACCCCGAAGAACUGCGUGUUGCAUUGAUAUCCCAUGAUGCAUCCCAGUUAGAAUUCCAGGAAAGAGUUGGCAAGCUUUCCCUAAGGGUCUUAUUUUGCUUUCCUUUUUUCUUCUUUUUUUUCCACACCGGUUCCUUCGCUCCGGCCCCUUCACUCCGGCCCCUCCACGGAGUCCUUCACAAGCAUCACCGCUUCCGCCGAGGUACUGGGAUCCUAGCGAUAGGACCCAGCUCGCGCCCAUCGUUCAGUCGGACCGCCUUGUUCUUGGCGCUGAUCGGGCUUUCAUAUCAAGCCCCUCCGACGACGACUUCGUGCAUUUUCGGUCAAGACUUAUUGACCGGUCGAGGGAGAAUAUAUCCCGGAAGGGUUCCUCGAUUCAUAGCACUCGGCGCUCGGAAGCGUGUUUUUGGUGCUCAUACGCGAUUGGUCGCCUCCGAACUUCCCGAUACCCACGACCAAGUGGAGCGACGAUUGGAGUUGGACAAAAGCCAUCGGAUGUACUUGGCAGAUGUGAACUGUCCUACACCUGCAGAACCGACCAAUCGCGAACAACAAACCAGUCUUUGUUUGAACCAAAGUGACAGUUGA